UGGGGUGGGGACCUGAGUGUCCAGGAGGGCCAGCCAGGAUGCAGCUCUCUGGUCCCAAUGGUCCAUCCCCACCCAGGCAGCUCCCUGGUCUCCCUACUGUCUCUCACAGACAAGGCAGCACAGCUGGGGCAUUUCCUACAUGCCCCCUCCGCUCCCUGUCUUCCUGUCCCAUUUUCUCCCUCCCCUCCUGUCCCCUUUACCAGACUCUGGCCCAGAUGGCAGCCCCUGCCCUCCUGCUCCUCCUGGUGCUGCCUGCAGGGGCCUGGCCGGGCCUGGGGCUGCCCCGCCGGCCGUGUGUGCACUGCUGCCGCCCAGCCUGGCCCCCAGCUGCUCCCGGCUCGUUUGCCCACAGGAGUGAUGGAGACGAGUGGGUGCGCCUGCCCCGAGUGCAGCCGACCAUCAACAUCUCAAUCCUCAAAGGUGAGAAGGGCGAGGCAGGGGUCAGAGGUCGCUCAGGCAGGAGCGGGAAGGAGGGCCCGCCAGGCUCCCAGGGCCUCCAGGGCCGCAAGGGCCAGAAGGGGCAGGUGGGGCCACCAGGCACCCCAUGCCAGCGCGCCUACGCAGCCUUCUCGGUGGGCCGGCGGGAGGGGCUGCAUAGCUCCGACGCCCUCCAGGCUGUGCCUUUUGACACGGAGUUGGUGAACCUGGAUGGUGCCUUUGACCUGGCCUCCGGCCGCUUCCUCUGCACUGUGCCUGGUGUCUACUUCCUGAGCCUCAAUGUGCACACCUGGAAUUAUAAGGAGACGUACCUGCACAUCAUGUGCAACCGGCAGGCCACGGCUGUGCUGUACGCGCAGCCCAGCGAGCGCAGCGUGAUGCAGACCCAGAGCCUGCUGCUGUCGCUGGCCACUGGCGACACUGUCUGGGUGCGCAUGUUCCAGCGGGACCGCGACAACGCCAUCUACGGUGAGCAUGGCGACCUCUACAUCACCUUCAGCGGCCACCUGGUCAAGCCAGAUGCUGAACUCUAGCCUGCGGAGACGCCCCUGUGCCAUGCCCAGCCCUUGGUGGCCCUCACCCCUGAGCCCUCCCAGCUGAGAUCAGUGCCAGCAGUGACUGAGCGCUGCCUGCAGGUGCUGAGCUGAGCGCCAGGCAUGUGGGAGGAGCAGGAAGACAAACCAGGCCUGCCGUGGUAGGGGCGGACGCUGACUGAGUGUUCACACCAAAGGGUUCGGGAAACAGACCUGUGUUCUGGGCACAUGAGGGGCGGCG